GGCCGGCUGUGCAUGUGCACAUGUGGCCUGAUCAUCAGGCUCAUCAGCUGAAGGUUGAAACAGAGAAAGUCGUCAUUUCCUUGUUCGUCAAUUGACCUUACCUGGGUGCUUGACUAACUUGUACUCAGGAUAGUGUGGUGUAUUGCUCGUCUAAGCUCUGCCGACACUACCCCACGGAUAAGAUGGCAAUGGCAGCACGCGCAACAGGACGCCUCCAGCAGUCCGGCUGCAUGUUCUUCCUGUGCGACAUGCAGGAAAAGUUCAAGCCCAGCAUUCGCUACUUUGACGAGAUCACCACGGUUUCGCAGAGACUGACAUCCGCAGCCGCUGCUCUGGAGAUUCCACUCAUUGUUACUGAACAGUAUCCAAAAGGUCUUGGCCGUACCGUAGUGGACAUUGACAUCUCCAAAGCGGCCGUGCGCGCCGAGAAGACAAAGUUCUCCAUGGUCGUGCCCGAGGUCACCGAGUUCCUGCAAACGAGAGCCGAGAGGAAGACGGUCGUUCUCUUUGGAAUUGAGGCUCACGUAUGCGUGACGCAAACAGCACUGGACCUGACUGAUAUGGGCUACACAGUACACGUGGUGGCUGACGCUGCUUCAUCUCGCUCCAACACCGAUCGCAUGAUGGCGUUUGAUAGGCUGAGGCAGAGCGGUGUGUUUGUCACGACCAGCGAGGCAGUUCUGUUCGAGCUGCUGGGCGACUCCAAGGCGCCACACUUCAAGGAGGUGCAGGGCUUGAUCAAGGUGUCGGCUCCGGACACCGGCCUCCCGGGAAGUAAGAUGUAAUCGUGAACGUCACACGGAGCAGCGUUGCAGUGCAUCACCAUCACAGUCAUGGCUGUGGCUUGGACUGGCAUACCACAGUACAGUGAUGAAUAGCAUGGCAAAGCCCAGUGGAUGACUGGUAUGCUGGUAUGCUGUUCCAGUCCGGAGAUGUACGGUGCUACUAGCGCUGUACUAGUAUCAGUGGCUUCUAUUGUUUUUGGUUCAUUCGCUUAGCGCAGCACUGUACAAUCCUUCUUUAACGAUUGCCCGUGUGUUGGAUAGCGUAGGCUGUGUGCGUGUGUGUGUGUGGGGGGGGGGGGGGUAUGUGUGAGUGUGCACUGCUGCACCUACGCUUGCAAGCUCCUUGUUCAUGCUCAGAGAAUACUCUCAGAAUGCCCUGUGACCGGCAUAACUUGCCAACACACUGACUGGCUGCAUGGCAAUGCUGUGCUUGCCUGUGCCUCGCUCCCCUGCACACACUUUUAAGGUGUUGUGAUCUUUCCUGCAUACCACCAUGAUAUGCUUAGUCAUUGUCAAGUACAGUGUACACAAGAGCUGGUCUCAUCUCCCCCCUCGCCCAUAGCUCAGCAGCUAAUUGUUGAUGUCAAGAUUUCCUUUUUUUACGUAAUUCUUUUAUUUUUUUAAAUGCUUUCGUCGCCGCUACGCCCACAUUUAAAAAUGCAGUUGAACGGUCAUGACUCAAGUCAUGGGCAGCACGA